AUGGAAUAUGAAAGAGAAAGAACUAGAAUAAGAAUAACCUUCAAUGAUUUUAUACUUAUCUUAUCAGUAUGUUAUUCUAUUGCAGAUAUAUUUAUUCAGUGGAAAAGCUUUUCUAAGUGUUAUAAGCCUAUACAGCUAUGGUUAGUCAUAUCUUUUAUAUCUAUUGUGCUAUUUAGAUUAUCACAUUUUUUAGCACAACAUUUAAGCAACGAAAAUGAUCAUUUUAUUAUAUAUAGAAGAAAUAAUCCACCAAAUUUUAUUAACUUUUUAGUUCUAUGUAUACUAUUCCCAUUUUUCAUAAUAUGGAAUGUUAUAGGCACUAUAUGGAUAUAUAAAAUAAUAAAGUACACACCUAAUUGUUUGCCUAGUAAUAGUCAUCCGUGGUUUAUUGUAUUAUGGAUAGUUCUUUGCUACAUCUGGAUUUUAUUAUAUUUAUUUUUUAUAAUUUUAUCUAUUUAUUUAGAAUAUCAAUCAAGAAUAUACGAAAGAGCUAUUAAUAAUAUGCAAUCAAAUGAUAUAUUUUCUAGGUGGAGUGAUAACAUUGACUUAAUAAGAGAUUAUGGAAUAUUUAUUUAUAGAAAAGGGUUGAGAUUGAAACAAAUUGAAAAUUUACCAUAUUAUUAUAUAAAAGACGUUUCACAUGAAACAAAAUGUUCAAUUUGUUUAAACGAUUUUCAAGUUGAUGAAUGUGUUAGAACUUUAUUGCUAUGUAAUCAUACUUUUCAUAAAUCUUGUAUUGAUUUAUGGCUAAUUAGAAGUGCAACUUGCCCCAAUUGCAAAUCCCCUAUUGCAACACAAGGUGUUUUCAUGAACAUUUAA